CUGCCUUAGAGGCGGCUUGGCUUCAGGGGCCCCGAUCCUGGCUUCCGCGCGUUGGUCGUCCCUGGGAACUGUGUACUUCCAACAGGAGUAGAAGGGACAUAGCUGAAAUCAUAAUCCUAUGAUUUUGUUCCAAGGAUGUUCCCACAAAAUCGGCCCCCGCUUGAAGCUUGAGUGCGAGAAACUGGCUACGGAAAAGACGGAGAUUCAGCGUCAUUAUGUCAUGUACUACGAAAUGUCUUAUGGCUUGAAUAUUGAAAUGCACAAGCAGACAGAGAUCGCCAAGCGACUCAACGUCAUCUGUGCCCAGCUCAUCCCAUUCUUGUCUCAGGAGCAUCAGCAGCAGGUUGUCCAGGCGGUAGAACGUGCGAAGCAGGUGACUAUGGCAGAACUGAACGUGGCAAUUGGGCAUCAGCUCCAGGCUCAGCACCUCCCGCACCAUGUGCCGCCGAUCCCGCUGACCCCGCACCCGUCCGGCAUGCAGUCGGCCAGCAUGGCCACCCUUGGCGGGGCCUCGGGGCUGCUGGCGCUCUCCGGAGCACUGGGCAGCCAAACUCAGCUCAUGGCGAAGGAUGAGAGAGGGGUGCUCGACUCGGAUCACAGAGAGAGAGACCCGGGUCCUAGUUCCUUAGCGCUAUCGAAUGGAGAAAGGAUGCGGGCCAUUUCGGAGUACCUGAAUAGCAGCAAAAAGAGGAAAUCCGAAGACAAAGAAUACGCCACAGACUAUGGGAGCGACGGCGACAAAAGUGAGGACAACUUGGUGGUUGAUGAGGACCCCUCUUCUCCUCACAGCGUUCAUUCCUACUCGUCUCGGGAGAACGGGGUUGAGAAACUCCCCCUGCAGAGGAAAGAGGUGGUGCAGCUUAGCCCCACGUCCAUGGCUUCCUCCAGCAGUGUCUCCCCCACCCAGACCACCAAGGAUGUGGCCACAGUCGAGAAAGCGGCCACCCCUGGCUUGAAGUCCAGCACCCCAACGUCGCAAGGCGAAGGGACGGCGCUGGGAUCCUCCAGCAGCAGCAGCAGCUCAGCCCAAUUCCGUCCGAGCAUCGCGAAGCAGACGGUGGAAUCUCUGGCCCUGAGCUUGCGCAACCCGCUCACCGUCCAGAGCUCCUACCAGGCCGCCUUCAACAUGGCCCACGCGUCUGUCAAUGGCGACAUGGCAGGUGCUGGGGCCUAUGCUGGGCUGCACCUUGUGACCCCACAGCUCAAUGGAGCCGCUGUCGUCGGAGCAGCCGGAUACGGCCGUUCCCCUCUGGUCGCCUACGAUCCUCAUUCGCACCUGCGGGUCCCCGGACUGUCCACCGGGAUGCAGACGGGUGUCCCUUCAGCCAAACCGGCGUAUUCCUUCCACGUGAGCGCCGACGGGCAGAUGCAGCCGGUCCCCUUCCCGCCCGACGCCCUGAUCGGCUCCGGCAUCCCACGGCACGCGCGCCAGCUGCACACGCUGGCCCACGGCGAGGUGGUCUGUGCCGUCACCAUCAGCAACUCCACCCAGCAUGUCUACACGGGAGGGAAGGGCUGCGUGAAGGUCUGGGACGUGGGGCAGCAAGGCGCCAAGACCCCUGUGGCGCAGCUGGAUUGCCUGAACCGUGAGAACUACAUCCGCUCCUGCAAGCUCCUGCCAGACGGCCGCAGCCUCAUCGUCGGCGGGGAGGCCAGCACCCUGUCCAUCUGGGACUUGGCGGCCCCCACCCCCCGGAUCAAGGCUGAGCUGACCUCCUCGGCCCCCGCCUGCUACGCCCUGGCCAUCAGCCCUGACGCCAAGGUCUGCUUCUCCUGCUGCAGCGACGGAAACAUCGUGGUGUGGGAUUUGCAGAACCAAACCCUUGUUAGGCAGUUCCAGGGUCACACGGAUGGAGCCAGCUGCAUCGACAUCUCCAGCGAUGGCACCAAACUCUGGACAGGGGGCUUGGACAACACCGUCCGGAGCUGGGACCUUCGGGAGGGCCGGCAGCUCCAGCAGCACGAUUUCAGCUCACAGAUCUUCUCUCUCGGCUACUGCCCCACCGGGGAGUGGCUGGCAGUCGGGAUGGAAAGCAGCAACGUUGAGAUAUUGCAUGUGACGAAGCCGGAGAAGUACCAGCUCCACCUGCACGAGAGCUGCGUCCUGUCCCUCAAAUUUGCCUCCUGUGGGAAAUGGUUUGUGAGCACUGGAAAGGACAACUUGUUGAAUGCUUGGAGGACACCGUAUGGAGCAAGUAUAUUUCAGUCGAAGGAAUCCUCCUCCGUCCUUAGCUGUGAUGUUUCUACAGAUGACCAGUUCAUCGUCACCGGCUCCGGGGACAAGAAGGCCUCCGUUUAUGAGGUCAUGUACUGAGGCGGAUCACGCCCUUGUCAAAACGCCACCUGGGAGAAGGGGCGAAGCGAGUCCCCCCCAGUUUUUUUUCCAGCCAAAGAAUCCACUUACAGAAAGUGAACUCAUAGCAAAGCAGGUGCGGGGGACUGCCUCGAACUGCAGCUCUGCCGGCUUCUUUCGGCAAACGAGGGAUGGAGACGAGCGAUCGACUGGCAGCGGCUGCUUUGCUCCCCCGCCGGC